AUGGCGCCCGAGGGCGGGUCUCUUCAGCGCGGUGUGCGCGCGGCAGGCGGGAUCGGCGUCCGGCUCGACCUCUCGCUCGACGUCGACUGCAUGCUCUCGGGGCUCAACUUCCUGCUGCACCAGCUGCCUCGGCGCCGGAGCGCCUACCGCGCCGCCGUCGAGGGGGGAUACGCCGCCGACUACAUCUACGUCUCCGUCUCGACUGAGACGGUCGUCCUCGAGGCGAAGAGCGGCGCAGGCGGUCGGCCAACCUUCCGGCGGCUCGGCGCGUCGAGUGUCGGCGGCGCCACCUUUUGGGGCCUGGUGCGGCUGCUGACUGCUUGCGAGACGUUCGACGAGGCGGCGGGCGGCGAUGCGGAGGCGCCGCAGCCCUGGACACGCGUCCAGCGGCCCGUCCGCCCGCCGCGACAGGUGAUACGCCUGACGGAGAUGGAGGGCGCCUGCUCCACCAACGUCGACAUGCAGGUGGGCGACAUCUACGGCAAGGCUGCAGCCUCGAGCCGCGGACUCGGCCUCAAGUCGGAGGCGAGUGGGAGCCCGAGCUGA